GCAGCAGCAGCAGCAGCAGCAGCAGCAUGCUGACCAUGAUGGCGGCCGCGAUCCCGAGGAACAGCAGGAGCACGAGAGAACAGAGACGAAGCGAAGACGCACAAGGAGAAAACGAAGAGUCAGAGGAAGAGGAAGAAAGAGCAAGGAAUGGGGUCAGAAACACCAGGCCUUGGCGGAUCGCAUCGUGCAAUGGCAUGCAGCCGUCGACCGCACACCCGCCACAGCAAACAGCGCGGCAGCUCCUCCCAUGCACGAUGACAAUGAUGAGGAGGAGAAUGUGGACGGUGGUGGUGUUGUGCGCGUGUAUGCAUCUGACUCUGGAUCCACUUCUGGAUCCACUUCCUCGUCGUCGUCUGCACCGAGUUGGCUGUGGGGGCGUUGGAAUGAUGGUGCAACAAGCGAAGCCCAUGGUGGCGGCGGCGGUGCCGAUAUUGGCGAGCUGCUGCACGCUCCAAGCAGCGCUGCACGACGACACCAACGACACCAACGACAACAGCGGCGAACACGGCAGCGGCAAAGGGGCGGCACCACCACCACCUCAACACCACAGGGCAUUGCUCGGUACUUUACGCCACAAGCCACUGCAGCUGUCACGGACGGUGCACGGACGCAUCGACGGCUGCAGCACUUCACCACCAACAAUGAGCAGCAAGAGGGGUCAAUGGACCCCCGUUCACUCAUGCAACCAGCGUCAUCGUCGUCCUCAUCGUCGUCGUCCUCAGCGGUGGCGGUUGGCAGCGGUGAUCAUGGCGUCGGCCGCGAGUUCAUGCGCGCACGUAAUGUCAUGCCUGUUCCGUUUCCCCGCAGCAUGCUGCUUGCAGCGUGUGCUGACGGCGGUAGCACAGGCACCACGGGCACCACGGGCACCACACCAGCACCAGCAGCAGCAGCAGCAACAACAACAACGGCAACGGCACGAUCAACAUCGACAGAGGAGACGCCUCUGGCAGGGACAACAGCGGAGCCGAGCACGGGCGAAAGCAAGCGCCCUGCUUGGGCUGUCCACCCGCUCGCCAAAUACGAAAAAGGGUAUAAGUACGUUGCUGUGGUCCGCGGUGAGGAUCGGAAACACUUGACGGCCGUCACCUGCGAAGAAUGCGCAGAGUUUUAUCGCCGUGCCGGGUUUGAGGGCGAGAAGCUUAAGGAGGUGCUUCAAUUUGCUGGCCGACACAGGCAUCUGCAUGCGCCGGUUCAAGCGGGCGCGAAGGAAGGCGCCUCCUCUGUCGAUCUGUGGGACAUGGAGUUUCCAGAGACAGAGCGCGAUCCACAGCAGCAGCACAUCCGCGCACACGCGCGAGCGCCCACGAGCACGCGCGUGGCAGACGUGCGUAUUGUGCCGUCGCAGUCGAUUCGCCCAUCGCAGCUCGUGGACAGCACUGCUACGACUGCUGCUGCUGCUGCUGCUGGCGGUGGUGAUGACAAUCAUGGCAGCGAUGACAAUGGUGAUGGGAAGACCCACGACCGCGAUGGCGGAGAGCAGGAGAAGAACAGGGAGCGUGGUCUGCUGGCGGACGCGUUUGAUGAUGCGGACGACUUUGCGUCAAGCACCAACACCACCACCACCCUGUUGAUGACGAGGAGCAAGCACACAGGCAAGCCACGGCAACAGCAACAGCAACAGCAACCGGAGUGGUACUCGUCACACCACAGCCAUGCACGGGAGCCCGCCCCCAAGCGUGGUAAGCGCCAGUACAACAGCAACAGAACUGAUGGUGAUAAUGACAAUAACGGUGGUGGUGGUGGUGCUGUUGAUGCUGAUGUUGAUGAUCACCCGAGCACCCCCUCCUCCCUCUCGUCAUCCCAGCCAGUACCGCAGCACGAGGAACAACAACAACAAGCGCGGCACACGCGCCCGCGUGGAUGGAUACAGGUCCAACCAGAGGACCUUUGACGCGCGUCCAUAGUGGUUGAUUGGGGCGAAACGCUGUGUGCGCGCGUGACCUCGAGCGAGGUGUUGGUGGGGGUGGUAGGAGGGUGUUGACCUUUGCAAUGUGCCUGCAACGUGUUGCUCUUAUACAGUCGACAGGUCAGGUUGUGCAGUCGACAAGGGUGACAGACCGUAUUUAAGCAAUAAUAAAUAUGCUUGUAAUUGGAAAGCAGAUAGGAAACCGGAG